UUCACACGCAUCCAUCCAUGCCUAUAAUUCGAAGCCUAAUCCACAACAUGUGAUCCAGGUCCCACCGCGUGGUUGAGGACGGUUCCUUAAUGGAGGAGCCUGUUACCAAUGGCUUGAAGCAGAGGUCUUGGGUCCACGUGCCUCAGGAGCUUCUCUGGGAGGUUUUGCUUCAAGUUGAGAGCUCUUGGCCGUUGCGCAAGAGUGUGGUGGCCUGUGCUGGAGUAUGCCGAAGCCGGAGGGAGAUCGUCAAGCCACCUGAAGUUUCCACCAAGAUCACGUUCUCGAUCUCCGUCACGCAGGUUUGUUCACGCCCUCCGAGGAAGGGAUUUUUUUUUUUUUUUUGUUAGCAUCGUUGAGUACUGACAUUGUUCAUAGUUGAUUAUUGAUCUUUCAUGGCUGCCUGUGUUGAUGGAAGCUAGGCUUUGAUUGGCCAUGUAUUGUUUGUUGUGAACAACAAUGUACUCAUUUUUGGGUAGAUACUGUGUCCAGUGAUGGGAGGUGGAGUAAUCAAGAAAUUUUUGUUCAA